CUUCAGAGGUUUCUGCACAGAGGAGGAGAAGCUGCCGCUGGUUGUGUUGCUAUGCCAACAGGUGAGUUAGUGUUCGAGUUAACCAGCAGCUGCACGUCAUCACAUGCUGUGAUAAACGUUUGGGCAUGGUUCCAGACAUAACGAGGAUUAUUGAAAGCAUCACCCAAAGAGACCAGGACACGGUCCAGCUUCUGCUGAAUCGCUACAACACACAGUAUGCAGAGUGCUUCUUUUUCAACACUGAGGCGCAGGAGAGGCGAAAGCAACAACAACUGGAAGAGUUCAGGAAGAGAAAAGUGAGGGACUACGCUCCUGACUCUGACUCUGACUCUGAUGAUGACCAAUCAGAUCUUACUCUCCGACAGGAUCUGUCUGCAGCCCUGCUGUGCUUCAUUAGCAGUCAGCUACAGCCAGCGGUUUUACGGGUUUGCCUGCAUACACUGCGUAUCCUGUCCCGUGACCGUAGGGCCCUGGGACCCAUGGUCACUGAUAGUGCACUUCUCACCUUAGCAAACAUGGGCGGCAUCGCCUUAUUGCAGGCAUGCCCACAGCAAGAAAAGGAAGGAGCUGAAAAUCAGCUGGGCAGAGCACAAAAGCAGACCCACACUCGAGCUGUGAGUGGCUGUGAGCAGGCCGCAGGAGCUGAUGCUGCCCUGUCCGGGGGCUCUGUGGUUUCGUCUUCUGUUCCUGCUGAAGGAGCUGUCGCUCCAGCCGCGCAAGGUUCAAUUAAUUAUUUCUAUAAGUGGAAACAUGACGGAGGCCAUGCAGUGCUUUCCCGUGGCAAAAAAGACACCCAACAAGAGGAGACCGAGGAGACAGAGAAGGAGGAGGAUGGAGAGGUGUGCAGGAAGGAGGCCCUGAAAGUCUUGUGUAACAUCAUCUACAACAGUCCCCAGGCACAGGAGCGAGCCAGCGCGCUCAGGCUGUUGCAAGGUCUGUGGGAGACUCUGAAGGAGGAGAUCUGGAGACGAGAGCCGCUCAGCUGCCACUUCUACAAGCUGAGGCUGCUCUUCUUACUGACAGCCCUGAGGCCCGAGCUCAGGCUGCAGCUGCAACAGGAGCGCGGCGUGUCGGUGCUGACCAAAGCCUUGGAGCAGUGCCUGGCUGUGAGGUGGGCUGUGGAAUACGAGGUGCUCACUGACAGUACAGAGCCUCCCAUUUCCAAGGAGGUGUCCCAGAAAGUCAUCGAGAUCCUCAAGACGCUCUUCAACAUCACUCACAUGUUCCACAGGCAGGAGCCUGAUGAGGAAGAUGCUGCCCUGUAUCGACACCUAGCAGCUGUGCUGCGCCAUUGCCUGCUGCUGUCAUGUGAUGGAGAGGACACAUUAGAAGAACUCCAAGGACACACAGUGAAUGUCCUGUCAGCACUGCCACUGACGUGUCUGGAUGUCCUCGUCUCUGUUCCUGUGGACCAAGCGUCCCAUAAGUGUGAGGGAGUCAACAUGGACUGUGUCCACAAAUUGUUGCUCUUUAUGGACAGACGCCUAAACAGGGGCCUGAAGCUGAAGGAGAAACUCACACCUGUACUGAACCUGCUGACGGAGAGUUCUCGAGUACACAGGGAGACGCGCUGCUACUUACGGCAAAAGAUCCUGCCUCCACUGAGGGAUGUUGCCAUCAGACCUGAGCAGGACAGCGCACUGAGAGGCCAGCUGGUCCGCCUGAUGACCCACGUUGACACAGAUGUGAAGGAUUGUGCUGCUGAGCUGCUGUUUGUGCUCUGCAAAGAGAAUGUCAGCCGAUUUGUUAAAUAUACUGGAUAUGGCAAUGCUGCAGGGCUGUUGGCAGCUCGGGGACUGCUGAAUGGCAGAAGGAAUCCUAGUGACAGCCAGUACUCCAGUGACUCCGACUCAGACACAGAAGAGUACAGAGAGGCCAAAGCCAGGAUUAACCUGGUUACUGGUCGAGUAGAGGCAGAGCAGCCCGAUCCAAUGGAGGGCAUGACGGACGAAGAGAAAGAAGAGGAGGCACGCCACCUCAUGAGUAUGAUCAACAGACUGUCACGAGAACAAAUCAUUCAGCCAAUGGGUGUGACAGCAGAGGGCAGACUGGCUCCACUUUGGGGCCAAAUGAGCGACUGCACAUUGGAAGAAAGGGAAGAUGAAGAUGAAGAUGAAGAUUUGAAUCUGAUGCCAGAUGGGAGGAAAGACAAACAGAUGGAAUAGGAUGAUGUAAACAGAGCGACUGUGGUCCACAACACAUUCAACGGCAUUUGCAGAAAUUAGAAUUAUUACAAGAACAAUAUCAUUGAUUUCUCCCAUAUUGGCUUCUCUUCAUUGGCUCCCUGUUAAAUCGAGAAUAGAAUUUAAGGUCUUGAAUAAUCAGGCCCCAUCUUAUCUCAAAGACCUCAUAGUACCA